CUCUAUCCCAUCCUGACGCAACCGCCCUUUCCUUUUCCGCUCGUACGAUCCCUAGGGUUCCCUCUGUCUCUGGAUUUUCCCCUUCUCUGAGCGUUCUCUCUAUUAUCUUCUCGCACUUUCUCGCGGAUUCUUUCUAUCUUCCGUGCUCGUCCCCUUCGUGCGUGGUUCUACGGGAUCCUUGUACUAAAAUGGAGUUUGGCGCUAUCCGCAAAAGAGGGAGGCCCGAACAUGCUUUGAAUGGCAAUGGCGGUUUCAAAAAAUCUAAGCCAGAAGUGGAGUCCUUUACAACUGGUAUAGGAAGCAAAUCGAAGCCAUGCACAAAGUUUUUCAGUACUUCUGGGUGCCCAUUUGGUGAGGGAUGUCACUUCUUGCAUUAUGUUCCUGGUGGCAUCAAAGUUGCAUCUCAGAUGAUGAAUCUGGGUGGCAACCCAGCUCAUCCACCAGCUGCUAGAAGUUCGGCUCUACCACCAUUGUUUCCAGACAGUUCAUCUCCUACAACUGUCAAAACCCGUUUAUGCAACAAGUAUAAGACAGCGGAAGGUUGCAAGUUUGGUGAUAAAUGCCAUUUUGCCCAUGGUGAGUGGGAGCUUGGCAAGCCAACUGCUACAUCCUAUGAAGAUCCUCGUGCAAUGGGACCGAUUUCAGGUAGGAUGGGUGGGCGGGUAGAACCUCCCCCACAAAGUCAUCCGGCUGCGGCUAGUUUUGGAGCCUUUGCCACUACUAAGCUGAGUGUUGAUGCUUCGCUUAGUGGAGCCAUCAUUGGGAAGAAUGGUGUGAACUCAAAGCAUAUCUGUCGCGUAACAGGAGCCAAGCUUUCGAUCAGAGAGCAUGAGUCAGAUCCCACCAAAAGGAACAUUGAGCUUGAGGGUACUUUUGAUCAGAUCAAUCAAGCCACCACCAUGGUUCAAGAGCUUAUAUCAAAUGUUCGAUCAACAUCUGGACCUCCCGGGAGGAACCCUGCAGGGACAACUCCGUCAGGCAACUUGAAGACAAAGCUUUGUGACAACUUUACCAAAGGUACCUGCACCUUUGGGGAAAGAUGCCACUUUGCUCAUGGAGCUGAGGAAUUGCGCAGGCCAGGGAUGUGACCGCCUUCACAACUUGUUUUGUUUUAAGAUUGUCAUUUUAGAUUUUCUAGUUUAUGAUGCCUUUGGUGGGAUUUUAUCAUAUUUACUCAUUUGCUCCUCACUUCGUCAGCCUGGAUAGAAUCAUUAUUUCUGUUA